AACUCGGGCCGCGGCGCUCAGACACCCGGCCUGGCUCCCGAGGGCGCCAGCGCGGCCCCGGGGAGCGCGAGGAGUCGGCGAGCGCGCGGCCUGCCGUUGGCGGCCUGGUCCGCGGCGCUCAGCGCCCACCCGCUCCAAAGGUGGGGCCCAAGCCCCCGGGAAGAUGGUGUCCUGGAUAAUCUCCAGAGCCGUGGUGCUGGUGUUUGGAAUGCUUUAUCCUGCUUAUUAUUCAUAUAAAGCUGUGAAAACAAAAAACGUGAAGGAAUAUGUUCGAUGGAUGAUGUACUGGAUUGUUUUUGCUCUCUAUACUGUGAUUGAAACAGUAGCAGAUCAAACUGUUGCUUGGUUUCCCCUGUACUAUGAGCUGAAGAUUGCCUUUGUCAUAUGGCUGCUCUCUCCCUAUACCAAAGGGGCCAGUUUAAUAUAUAGAAAAUUCCUUCAUCCACUUCUUUCUUCAAAGGAAAGGGAGAUUGAUGAUUAUAUUGUACAAGCAAAGGAACGAGGCUACGAGACCAUGGUGAACUUUGGACGGCAAGGUUUAAACCUGGCAGCUACUGCUGCUGUCACCGCAGCAGUGAAGAGCCAAGGAGCAAUCACUGAACGUUUAAGAAGCUUCAGUAUGCAUGAUUUAACAGCUAUCCAAGGUGAUGAGCCUGUAGGACAAAGACCACAUCAACCUUUACCAGAAGCAAAAAGGAAAAGUAAGCCAGCCCCCGGUGAAUCAGCAGGUUGUAGAAUUGCACUGAAAGACGGAGAUGAGAAAACAGAUGAAGAACCGGAUGGGCCAUUUUCAGAAGAUGAGAUGUUAACACACAGAGGGCUUCGGAGGACGCAAAGCAUGAAAUCUGUGAAAACCAGCAAAGUUCGCAAGGAGGUACGGUAUGGGUCACUAAAAUACAGAGUGAAGAAGAGACCACAAGUAUAUUUUUAGUCAUCUACACUUCAAAAAAUCCCAAGACAAAUUUUGUGAAUACAUUGACUUCAUUUUCUGACAUAAUAUAUUUGGGAUCUAUGCAUUAAAAUAAUU